UGAUUUCAAGGUUUUCUCACUUAUACUCGAGUAAUCUUUAUUUUAUUAUUAUUUUUUUCUUUUUUACAGGUCCUCUUAUGAACUCCAUAAAGCGACUGGUUUUCCGAAUGUCCGGCUUCAACCAGUUAGGUUUGUACCAUGAUGACUGUUUAUAUGAAAAUGAUGAUGUGAAGGAAGCACUCAGACGUUUACCCCAGGGUUUGAAAGAUGAUAGAAACUACAGAAUGAAUAGAGCCCUUCAUCUCUCAGCUACAAAGUCUAUUCUUCCCAAGGAUCAGUGGAUUUCAUUUGAUGAGGAUCGUCAGAAAGGAAGAUACCUUCAGGCCUACUUGCAAGAAGUUGUCAGAGAGAGACAUGAACGUGAAGAAUGGAAACAAGAAGUAAUUUUGGCUCAUUGGAACACUGUUAAUUAUUGCAAUAGACAAGAUGCUGUGGUAACAUCAGCUGUGGUUCUUGUUUCCAAUGCUUUGUAAUUUAUUGUAUAUUUUACCAACUGAACCCUUAAAUAUUCUAUGUGUAGAAUUUAAUUUCUGGUAUUUGUAUAAAACAAGAAAUAUAAGUGUAUUAACUUUA